UUCCUGAGUCAGGUUUUUUUUAUUACUUUUGAAACUUCUAUCAUUCAACUUUCUUCAAACAUCCACGAGUUUUCUGAGCUGUAAUGUGAUGGGUUUAUAGAAGGAUGGGUGGAGGGUUUCCAGGCUUCUGAUUGGCUCGGACAUGAAAGAGGGCGGGGUUUGCGCUGAUGGGAUGCAGCUGCAGGAGAAGAAGAGGAUGAGAAGGAGGAGGUUUCAUCUUAUAUUCGGGUUAAAGACCAGAAAACAGACGAUGCUCCGCGCUCUGCCUGCUGCUUAAAUGGACCAGAGACUCUUUACACAUUUUUAUUUUGUUUAAUWUAAUUUAAAGAUGCCUCUGUGGGUGAAGUGGACGGUUUGUCUCCUCGGGUUUUUAAUGAGGAGCGCAGCCUCACCUGACCUGGAUUUCGGAGGCGGGUCCGGGUCCGGGUCCGGAGUUCUGCAGACAGAGGAGGUGAACGUUCUGCAGGAGCUUUCUCUUCAGGCGUCCAACAGCAGGAACUCCUCCCUGAGCGUGGAGGACAGGAAGUGUCCCGUGGUCCAGGUGGGACAGUACUCCACCUUGUCCCUCCCUCUCCAGCAGCUCUUCAGUGACAGUUUAACAGAUGAGUUCAGUUUGUUGGUGCAGCUCCGSAGUUUCCAGAGCGAGGAACGCAGCGUCUUCACCGUGCUGUGCCCAGACGGCCGCACCAUGCUGCAGCUCCGGAUCAGCGGCCGGGCUGUCAUUUUCAUCGGGACRCAGCAGAGGCACUACGAGUUCCCGGUGGCCGGCCUGUGUGACGGAGCGUGGCACCGCCUGGCCUUCAGCGUCUCCUCCACCCGCCUGGCGCUCUACGUGGACUGCGCUCUGCUGGAGAGCGUGGACUGGGUCAACCCCAGGAUGGAGGUCGGCGCCGACGGGCUGCUCGUGGUCGGCGGCACCACUGACAGCUUUGAAACUCCUUUUGAAGGUGGUCUUCGGCAGCUGRUCUUCCUGUUAGGUGACCCCGACGGCGCACAGCAGCACUGCAGCCACCACCCGCCCCGCUGCGCUGCUCCCAAACYGGCUCGCUCCCCACGAACCGACGGCGCCCUGGAGAAUGUUGUCCUGCGUCCGGGGGGUUCUCGAGGGGACGGGACGAUCCCAUCUAGAACUGAUCGGAAAGGGUCGGUGGGUCGUGGAGACGUCUUUGUGAUCGAUGAGGACACGGACUUGUUGGAUCUGGUCUUCCAACAAGGUGGACAGGUCAACAAAAAUGGACUCAAAGGAGGCCAGAAGGUUAAACCUGAUGUUUCGUCUAAAAAGGUGGAGGAGAACGUUACGACAGAGAAAAAGACAGAUUCUAGGACUUCUUCGCUCUUCCCCAGAAAACCUUCAGAUGACAUCAUCGACUUGGACAUUGGAGGUUCCCCUAAGAAGCCCUCACUGGGAUUUCCUCCCAAAAUCCCCUCAAGUCCCAAGACAUCCACCGAAUCCAACAAACUAAGAGAAGAUUUGGACUUGGAGACCAGGACUGUUACAGCUGAACCUCAUUGGAGCCCCACCCCUCAGACCACCUUGGAUCAUAGAAACCCUAAGGGGGGUAAAGACCUACAACCAGACAGAGAACGCCCUGGGAUUAUAACUGUUGUAUCCAGAGAUGGAGACCUGGUUUUGGGCUCAAACGGUAAAAUGUACAGGGUCCAGAGAGGCCCACCUGGCAAAAUGGGUCCACCAGGACCAGACGGCUGUCCUGGUGAUCCUGGUCUACCUGGAUUUAACGGCGAUAAGGGGCAGGUGGGCUCUGAAGGAAGACGAGGAAACAGGGGGGAGCCAGGACCUCCAGGACCUCCAGGUUUACCUUCAUUUUACUUGUGGAGGAACACUGCAGAGGAGUGGGCUGCUUUCCAGCGCUCCAGUUUCUACCAGUUCCUCUCAGCAGGAUGGCCUACUCAGGAGGGACCUGAAGGACCACCUGGAGAGAUGGGCAAGCCUGGCAUGCAGGGCCCACCUGGAGAGCCUGGUGAACAGGGGCAACCAGGGCUGCCAGGAGAAAUGGGGGAUCCAGGCCUGAGGGGGCCCCCGGGACGAGCUGGGACCCCAGGAAGAGAUGGCAUUGAUGGAGAGGAUGGUCAGCCUGGGUCACCUGGUCCUCCUGGAGCACAUGGCAUGUGGGGGUACAGGGGGGAGCGAGGGUCCAAAGGGGAAAAAGGUGAUGAGGGUCUCAUUGGCUUCCGGGGUCCCAGAGGGGAAACUGGUGAACCUGGUGAGAAGGGCCCAGCUGGUCCACCUGGUCCACCAGGUCUUGUUGGAAUACCAGGUGAACCAGGUCUGAUGGGAGACCUGGGUCCUGCAGGUCUCCUGGGACUUCAGGGAGUCUCAGGUCCACGGGGACCUCCAGGUCUUGUUGGACCUCAGGGAGAAAAGGGGGACUCUGGACCAGCAGGAACAUCUGGACCACCAGGGUCACCAGGUCUUCAGGGAGGAAGUGGACCUCGUGGUGUCAGAGGGGACCCUGGGAUACCUGGAGACUCCGGUCAAGUGGGACGAGUUGGACCAAAGGGUGACCACGGAUCCAAAGGAGAACCUGGGACAUUAGGGCCAAAAGGAGAGCCUGGAGUACAAGGCCCAGCAGGAGAACAGGGUGAGGACGGUCUUCCGGGAGUUCGAGGUCCUUCAGGUCUGCCAGGGUUGGAGGGGGCUGGUGGAGAGAUGGGACCCCGGGGUCCAGCAGGUCCAGCAGGUGGUUCUGGGGCUCUAGGAAAACCAGGACAUGAAGGGGAACAAGGCAUGAAAGGAGAAAAGGGAGACGAUGGUGAAACYGGACCACCAGGGAAGACCGGCCCCUCUGGAAGGAGGGGAAAACGAGGAAAGGCUGGAGUCAGAGGGACCCGGGGGGACAGUGGACAGAAGGGUAUAAAUGGAGGUGAUGGACCAGAAGGCCUCUCCGGGUGGCCCGGGUCUCUUGGACUUCCUGGUUUACAAGGAGAACAGGGAGAUCCAGGUGAAAAGGGGGAACAGGGUGAGAAGGGAGACAGGGGACUUCCUGGACCACCUGGACUGGACGGGCUAAAGGGUAUUCGUGGCCCAGUUGGUUUGCCAGGUUCAGCGGGCCAAAAGGGAGAACAGGGAAACAUCGGUCCACCAGGACCAAGAGGUGGACCAGGGAUGCCUGGACUUCCUGGCUUGUUUGGGAUGAAGGGUUUGAAAGGCUACCAAGGUCCUCCUGGUCUGCCUGGAAGGAAGGGGCUCCCAGGUCCUCCAGGUGUUCCUGGUCCUCCAGGAAAAUCCUUGAACAUAACCUUGGCUCAACUCAAGGACCUGAUGUACGUCUCCGACAAGCCGAACUUCUCUCUGAUCCAGUCGCUGCUGGACUCCCUGCAGCAGGAUCUUCGGCUGCUUCUGGAUCCUCCUGAUGGAAGCAAGGAGCGUCCCGCCACCACCUGCCUGGAGCUCUGGCUCUGCCACCCUGAAUUCAGCAGCGGAAUGUAUUACAUCGACCCAAACCAGGGAAGCCCGGCCGACGCUCUGCUGGCCCACUGCAUCUUCAGCUCCGCCUCCAAACAGACCUGCCUUCACCCUUCAGACCCUCAGCUGCCCAUGAAAGCUUGGCUGGAAGAAUCACCUGGAGGAGGAUCGUUCCAGUGGCUCAGCCGKUUGGAUCAGGGACAUCAGUUUGUUUAUCCAGGUGCCGGUGUGGUCCAGAUGCGUUUCCUGAGGUUGCACAGCGUCACYGCUGAACAAAAGGUGACCUACUCCUGCCACCCGGGACAUAAACUGGGCCUGAAGGAGCGAGACGUGAAAUUUCUCACAGAUUCAAGGAGGCAAAGCUUCCUGGGAGCACUGAAAGACUGCGUGCCUGGAGAGGAUCCAGAUCCCGGUCCUGGUCCCGGUCCUCGGGAGUCUGUGUUCGAGUUCGAGGACGUGCUGCUGCUUCCUCUGAGGGACGUGGCGGUGAUGGGAGGAGAAAACUUCACGCACCAGUUCAGAUUCACAUUUGGACCCGUGUGUUUCAGCUAAAGGCGGCAGCGGCAGGAAGCGGCGCCGUCAAAGAACUCAUGAAUCCAGGAGAAAAAAAACCUUUUGGUUUGGAUCACCGAGAGGACAAUUUGAAGAUCUCACUUCCUGUUUUCCUCCUGGGUGAAGGGGGGCUAAAGGGACUCUGUGAGUUCGACGUGUGGAUUCUUUACGGAGACGCCAUGUUUGUUUACGGAGACAAAAUAAUUUAACCUUUUAUAUGAAAUGUUUUUCUGUUUAUUUAGAGACUCUGUAUCCUGAUCAGUGUGUAUAUAAAAGUGACCUCAUAACGAUGCGUUCUGGAUGCAUCACUUCUACCAAAAGGUGCUGAACAAAACUUGUAUUUAAGUUUUAUUCCCUAUCUUUAUUGGUGCUACGUUUUUAUGGACUUUCCUCAUUUUUAUACGAUGCAAGACUUUUUAUUGUUUUACAGUUUCAUAUUUGUAUAUUUUACAUCUCAGGUAUGACGAGCAUUAGCACUUCACCUGCUGUAAACGCAGCACGCUGUUCUGUUUCGCAGUCUAAGCCGACCUUAUCGACAGUAAACUUUAACGGAUGACGUCACUUUUCUGUGAUCGAUGAAAUAACAAAACACCUAAAGACAAAAAACACCUUCAGACUCCCUGCRUUCAAGACCAGCUCUAAAAAUGUUCCAAUUUCUUCCUUUUUUUUCUUUGGGCCUGUUUGUAAAAUGUUGGAAAUAAAAUAUGUUUGUCAAUAUGCAGAUGAUAUUACACUAAAAGUAUUGUUUCUACUUUCUUA